AUGGCCGAUUCUCAAGUCUACAGAGCGAGCACCACCGCCCCGGUGAACAUCGCCGUCAUCAAGUACUGGGGCAAGCGCGACCCUAAGCUUAACCUACCCACCAACUCGUCGCUGUCUGUCACCCUCGCCCAGUCCGACCUCCGCACCCACACCACCGCCUCCUGCUCUUCCUCCUACACCACCACCGACUCGCUUCUCCUCAAUGGCCAGGACCAGGACGUAUCGGGUGCCCGCACCCAGGCCUGCUUCCGCGAGCUGAGGGCCCUGCGCGCCGCCCUCGAGGCUGCCGACCCCACCCUGCCCAAGCUGUCGUCGUACCCUCUGCGCGUCGUCAGCGAGAACAACUUCCCCACCGCCGCCGGCCUGGCUAGCAGCGCCGCCGGCUUCGCUGCCUUGGUGCGCGCCAUCGCCGACCUGUACCAGCUCCCCGCCACCCCGACGGAGCUUUCGCGCAUCGCGCGCCAGGGCUCCGGCUCGGCCUGCCGCAGUCUGUUUGGCGGCUACGUCGCGUGGGAGAAGGGCACCGCCGCCGAUGGUAGCGACAGCCUGGCCUACGAGGUCGCUCCUGCCGCACACUGGCCCAACAUGCGCGCCGUAAUCCUCGUCGUCAGCGCGGCGAAGAAGGGCGUUAGCAGCACGACUGGCAUGCAGACGACUGUCGCCACCAGCAGUCUUUUCCCUGCCCGUGCCAACGAGACGGUCCCCCUGCGCAUGAAGCAGAUGGAGGACGCGAUCAAGGCGCGUGAUUUCGAGACCUUCGGAAAGGUCACGAUGAAGGACAGCAACAGCUUCCACGCUACCUGCCUCGACACCGAGCCUCCGAUCUUCUACAUGAACGACGUGUCUCGCGCGGCGAUCAAGGCGGUCGAGUACAUCAACGACGCUGCAGGCAAGACGAUCGCAGCGUACACGUUCGAUGCCGGACCAAACGCUGUGGUCUACUAUUUGGAGGAGCAUGAGAAGGAGGUUGCCGGCCUGUUCAAGGCUCUCCUCGGGGAUAAGGACGGCUGGGAUGGCAAGAGGGGUGGCGCUGUUCAGGCAAACGCCGAGGCGCUGUCCAAGGUCGAUGAGAAGACCGCCGCCCAGCUCAAGGAGGGAGUCAGCAGGGUUAUCCUGACUGGAGUUGGAGAGGGCCCCAUUAGUGUUACGGAGCACCUCGUUGAUGAGAAAGGCCAGGCUGUGAAGGCAUGA